UAUCUCUAUGGUACCUAAUUUACUACAAAUUCCCUGCUGAUAUGAUUUAUCUUGAUUGUUCUCUGCAGUGGUUUUAUGGUGCUAGAAUAUGAGCAAUUCUCAGUAAAAUCCUUUGUUUUCAGCUUCGUGAAACUGUUACGGGAGAUAAUAAGUGGGAAGAAGAAUAAAGGGUCUUAUCAUCUCAACCAUAGGCUUAACCUCAUUGGCAAUGGUAGUAAGACUGCACUCUUACAAACCAAAGAACCCAGUUUCCUUGUUGACAAGAAAUCACUCGGAACAAAUUCUUCAUCCAGCCUGAAUCAUCGUCAACCAAUGCACUUAGCCACUUGGUGUUGAAGCCACAAUAAAGGUUACUCAAAAACUACAUGGCUUGUGCAUGAGUGCAUGCCAUGUACCUGAACUAUUAUUUCAAUUUUCUACUCUUCUAUCAUAGAAUAUUCUGAGUAGCAAACUGGAACUAAUUUCCACUUCUAUAGUUGAAUGUUGCAGCUGCAAGUAGCAAACUAGAACAAAUUUCUACUCUUAAU